AUGAAUGUCGACUCAGGCACCUCGCAAUAUUGGAGCCAGUACCCCCUUUCCGACAACAUCGAGGCGCACGGGUCUUUCCCAGCGCCUCUCUUGCGGGGCGGCACGGACCAGACAGAGUACAAGAGCCCUCAGGUGCUCGACAGACAGAUUCUGCAGCAGCAGCAGUUCCAGAAUAAUGGUACCCACCACGGCUACGUCUCUCCGCUGACCGAGAAGCACAACGCGACAUUUGCGGACAGCUGCGACAAGGCAGAGGAGGCGGUCAGGAAAGACGUGGGCGACGGACUGUGGCAGGAAGUGUUCCCGGGCACCACCAAGAAGUCCAAGCGGCUGGGCUCGUCCGCUAGUAGCGAGUCCUCGAACACGCACAAGCCGCUGUCUGAGGAAGCGCUUCUGGCCGAGAAGCGCAAAGCCCAGAACCGUGCAGCCCAAAGAGCGUUCCGAGAGCGAAAGGAAAUCAAGCUUAAAGAGCUGUCGGCUAAGCUGAGCCAGUCGGAGGGCGAAAGGCAGCGGCUUCUACAGGAGAUCGAACAACUGAAACAGAAGAACACGCUGCUGGGCAUCGAGAACGAGAUGCUGCAGAAAAUGGAGACUCCCGCGCUGCCAAAAAGCCACUCGUCGACGCGGGGUCAUUACGAUUUUCCCCAGACCAGAGAAGAUUUCAUCAAGUCGGUGGUGGACGUGCGGACGUCGGCCCCUGAAGCGCCUGCCGCGGGAAUCCCGCACUCGAUGGUGGACGGCGUUCCGUACAGCAUCGAGGCAUACAACCACAACAACGAAAAAGUGCUCACCGUGGCUGCUGUCUGGGACUAUUUGAACGACAUAGCGUCCGAAAAGGACAUAAACCUGGACAUUCCAGGUAUCAUCAGCCAGCUAAGAGGCGCGGAAGUGUGCCACGGACACGGCCCAGCAUACCCAGUGUCGGUGGUGAACGCGGUGGUGGAGAAAAAUACAGAGUUUCUGAUCUGA